GCCGGCGGGCACAGCCAUGGCGGCAGCGGCCGAGCGGGGCCGCCUCAGCUUCCCCGGCGGCGCCGGGGCCCUGGGGCGGCCCGUGCCUAUGAACCUCUUCGCCACGUGGGAGAUCGACGGUUCCAGCCCGAGCUGCGUCCCCAGGUUGUGCAGCUUGACAUUAAAGAAACUGGUAGUCUUAAAGGAAUUGGAUAAGGAGCUUAUUUCUGGGGUCAUUGCUGUCAAAAUGCAGGGCUCCAAGCGCAUCCUGCGGUCUCACGAGAUUGUAUUGCCCCCGAGUGGACAUGUGGAGACAGAGCUUGCACUGACCUUCUCACUGCAGUACCCUCAUUUCUUGAAAAGAGAAGGCAACAAGCUUCAGAUCAUGCUGCAGCGGCGGAAGAGGUACAAGAACCGAACCAUUCUAGGCUACAAGACUCUGGCUGUGGGGUCUAUCAACAUGGCUGAGGUCAUGCAGCACCCAACAGAAGGUGGCCAGGUUCUGAGCCUCUUCAGCAACAUCAAAGAGGCUGCAGUGAAGGUAGCAGAAAUCUGGAUCUUCUCCUUGUCCAGUCAGCCAAUCGACCAUGAAGACAGCACCAUGCAGGCCAGCCAGAAAAUCAAGUCUACAGACAACUAUUCCGAGGAAGAGUACGAGAGCUUCUCUUCUGAGCAGGAGGCCAGUGAUGAUGCCGUACAGGGCCAGGAUUUGGAUGAUGAUGAGUACGAGCUGGGGAAGCCCAAGAAGCAGCGGAGAUCGAUAGUAAGAACGACGUCCAUAACCAGGCAACAAAACUUCAAACAGAAGGUUGUGGCAUUGCUGAAGAGGUUUAAAGUGUCUGAUGAGGUUCUGGAUUCAGAGCAGGACCCAGCAGAGCACGUUCCAGAGGUGGAGGAGGAUUUGGACCUUCUGUAUGACACACUGGAUAUAGAGAACCCCAGUGACAGCGGGCCAGAAAUGGAGGAUGAUGACAGUGUCUUGAGCACUCCAAAGCCAAAGUUAAAACCUUAUUUUGAAGGACUGUCACACUCCAGCUCUCAGACAGAAAUUGGUAGCAUCCAUAGCAUCAGGAGCCAGAGAGAACCAUCAAGUCCUCAGGUAGAAGUGCCUGAAAAGACAAAGAGUCUUGGAACCAAACAUACAGGAGACAGUAUUUCUGACACUGUCCCUUAUGAGUCUAACCAGCAAGCUGAGGUCCCAGAGGCUGAACUCCCCACACCAGAUGUGUUUGUCGAGAAGCUCCCACCCAGUGGGAAGAUCACUAAGACAGAGUCCCUCAUCAUCCCGUCCACCAGCAGGUCUGAAGGGAAGCAGACGGGCCGUCGGGGAAGAAGCACAUCUCUGAAGGAGAGGCAGCCAGUGAGGCCACAGAACGAGAGAGCCAACAGCCUGGACAAUGAGCGCUCUCCAGACACCCGGCACCACUUACAGAUCCCCAGGAAAACAGUGUAUGACCAACUAAAUCACAUCCUGGUUUCCGACGACCAGCUGCCAGAAAACAUUAUUCUUGUCAAUACAUCUGACUGGCAAGGCCAGUACCUAUCAGAUGUCUUGCAAAAGCAUACAUUGCCAGUGGUCUGUACAUGCUCCUCUGCUGAUAUUCAAGCAGCUUUCAGCACUAUUGUCUCCAGGAUACAGAGAUACUGUAACUGCAAUUCACAGCCUCCAAACCCAAUUAAAAUUGCAGUGGCAGGAGCCCAGAAUUACCUCAGUGCUGUAUUGAGGCUCUUUGUAGAGCAGCUGUCUCACAAAACUCCCGACUGGCUCGGCUACAUGAGAUUUUUGAUCAUCCCUCUAGGCUCUCAUCCAGUGGCCAAGUAUCUGGGGUCUGUAGAUUAUAGAUACAACAACUUCUUCCAAGAUCUAGCCUGGAGAGAUCUAUUCAACAAACUUGAAGCACAGACCACUGUUCCAGAGGCGCCCGAUGUCGUCUCCCGGAUAACCCAGUACAUAGCAGGGGCAAACUGUGCACACCAGUUGCCCAUUGCUGAAGCCAUGCUGACAUACAAACAGAAAAGCCCUGACGAAGAAUCUUCGCAGAAGUUCAUUCCCUUUGUCGGGGUGGUGAAGGUUGGAAUAGUGGAACAAUCUUCUGCAACAUCAGGUGACUCUGAUGAUGCAGCUCCCUCAAGCUCCAGUGUCCUUUCUUCUACCCCACCUUCUGUAUCUCCUGCUGUGAAAGAAGCCUCCCCCACACCCCCUUCCUCACCAUCUGUUACAGGCAGCUUCUCGUCCUCAAGCCAGGGCCUCGGUGCUGAGUUGAUGGGCCUGCAGGUGGAUUACUGGAUUGCAGCUCCACCCGUGGAUAGAAAGAGAGACCCGGAGAAGAAGGACCCCUCCACUACCAAAAACACACUGAAAUGCACUUUCCGGUCCCUCCAGGUCAGCAGGUUACCUGUCAGCGGGGAGAUUGCCACCACUCCAACCAUGUCCAUGACUGUCGUGACAAAAGAAAAGAACAAAAAAGUGAUGUUUUUGCCCAAGAAAACAAAAGACAAGGAGGUUGAGUCAAAGAGCCAGUGUAUUGAAGGAAUCAGCAGGUUGAUUUGCACAGCAAAACAUCAGCAGAACAUGCUGCGUGUCCUGAUCGAUGGGGUGGAGUGGAACGAUGUCAAGUUCUUUCAGCUGGCAGCACAGUGGUCCUCCCAUGUCAAGCACUUUCCCAUCUGCAUAUUUGGACACUCCAAAUCUAACUUCUAGCUGUGCUCGGCGGAGGGACCUUCUGCCUGUCCCAGGGACUGCACACCAGGAGCCAGGAACUGCGUGCCAACUCUGACUCGUGUCGCUCUGCCCUCUCCUGCAGAAUUAAUUACAGAUGUGCUUGGAUUACUUUUGAAUUACUUUUUUCUAUUAACUCUUAAGUUUACUACAAGGGAAGGAAACCCCUUUAAACAAAGGCAAAAAAA